AUGCACUGCGCAUGUCAGUUUGUUUGAUGAUAAACAAGACCUGUAUAACCUAAAACGAUUGCAAGGAAAAACAUAACUCGUAUUCUGGUGUGACCAUGGGGAAGGCCCUCUCCCUGCUGCCCAAGCAGGCAUGCCACGAUGACUCCCUGACCACCACCACCCAGGAGGAUGAUGGGAAGAGAGAGGACGUGUCCCAGUUCCCCUACGUAGAGUUCACAGGCCGGGACAGCGUCACAUGUCCCAGCUGCCAGGGCACUGGGAGGAUACCUAGAGGCCAAGAGAACCAGUUGGUGGCGUUGAUCCCAUACAGUGACCAGAGACUCAGGCCCAGGAGAACAAAGCUGUAUGUGACGGCCUCAGUGGCUGUGUGUCUGCUGCUGUCCAGCCUGGCUGUCUUCUUCCUGUUCCCUCGUACCAUAGACGUCUCUUAUGUGGGCGUCAAGUCUGUCUUCGUCACCUACGACGAGGACAAGAGGAUUGUCUAUCUCAACGUGACGAACACUCUGAACAUCACCAAUAACAACUACUACAGUGUAGAGGUGUCCAACAUCUCAGCCCAGGUCCAGUUCUCCAAGACGGUGAUCGGGAAGUCCCGCAUCAAUAACAUCACCGCUAUCAGUCCUCUGGGCAUGCAGCAGGUUGACUACAUGGUUCCCACCAUUAUAGCAGACGAGAUGAGUUACAUGUAUGAUUACUGCACCCUGCACACCAUAAAGGUGCACAACAUCGUGGUUAUGAUGCAGGUGACUGUGACCACAUCGUACUUUGGCCACAUGGAGCAGGUCACUCAGGAGAUGUACCAGUAUGUAGACUGUGGAGGUAACACCACCACUGUGAGGGGGGCACAGCCCAAGGUAUCUAAUGCCCCAAUGCCCCCAGAGUAACCCCCAUGCUGCCCCUCUGCCUUGCCUGACCUGAGCCUGGUCCUGGUGAGGGUCCUUGGAUGCUAGUCUUAGAUCAGGGAUCUGGGAAACCUGGCAAAUCUGGAGAGCUACUGUGUGUGUAGGCUUUUGUUUCCAGCCCUUCUCUAACACAGCUGAUCAGCUGAAUAAGGAAUGUUAGAGCAGAGAUAAACGUGUGCACCCAGUAGCUCUCCAGGAGGAUGGUUGGCCACCCCAGCCGAAGAUGGUUCACUGUGUUCCUCCGUGUUCCUCCUUCCUCUUCACCACCCAUCUACUGAUGAAGACCCCACUGUCAUGCAUUUCUGUGUUAGCUUACCAUUUUGUUGGGAGUAUAGGCCAAAUGUGCAGUUGAGGGAAAAAUGAGACUACUGACAAAAAUAAUUAUUUUAAUGUCUAAAAAACACUUAAGUACCACAAUAUUUCAGUACCAAAUCAUUAUGCACUUUAUUAAUGCAUUUCAAAUUCAACCUGUCACUGUGACAAUGUAAAAUUUCAUGGUGGCACUCCAGACUCCUCCAAACCACUUUGAACUAUAAAUGUGUAUGAAGUAAUAACUUUCCUUUGUCUAUGGAUGAGGAUAACCCCCGAAAGAGUUCUCUCAGUAAUCUGGUCUGAAAUCUGUAUGAUAGUCAGAGAAGUUGAACCAACAGAUCUGGGACCAGUCUACUAUUCUCAAAGUUAGACCUGUCCUAACACAGUAAUGUGUAUUAUUUUGACAGAUUAAUCUAGUCCAUUUAAAUCUGCCGAUAAAUCACAAUUUAGAGGUACAGUGAGCUAAGUCUGAAAUUACACUAUCCCCUACAUAACACUACUAGGGCUCUGGCCAAAGGUAGUGCACUAUGGAAUAGGGUGCCAUUUGGGAUGAAGCCAAAAUGUGGUGUUCCAAUAUUUCUCUGCUUGUAAUGUCCGGUCUGUACAAUCUGUGGAAUUGGACCAGUUGUUUACUAAUAUUGGGUGAUCCGUCUCAGUGUUAAUGUGUGAUCCGUUGACAUGAAUUGAAAGGCAAAUGUCCCUGAAAUUGAGUAAUUUUUAAGAUAUUAAGUUCCUUCCACCACUCUGUUCCCAAUUGGUACAAUAUUGAUUGAUUGUGAUUCAUUAUCAGUAAUUUACUCCUCUUCCUCUGAGUUUGUGCCUACGAGGGACUUGCGUAAGGUUUUGUGAUCCUUACCUACUGCUGAUUUGUAUUUGACCAACUGAAUUUUUACAUCCAUUUUCAUAUUUUCAUGAUAUGCAUAAAGAGGAUCAAUUAAUAACCUGCAAGGGACUUUGUGCGUUUUUGAUAAAUGACUUCCCUGCCUAUCAAACUCAGUUGAAGAGUUUGUAGAACUACCUAGAUUUAAUGAAAACCUGUUUUAAUACCACAUUUGUAAUAUGAUUCUUACCUACAUUGUGGAGAACCUUUUGAAAAAUGAACUCAAAUUAAUAUAAACUACCCUCUGUCAUAGAUAGAAAUAUACUUUGAAUUAUAAACUGGGUGGUUUGAACCCUGAAUUCUGAUUGGAUGAAAGCCAUGGUAUAUCAGACCGUAUUCCACG